CCAAGAGGAAGCGGGACGGCCUGGGCGAGAGCCCGAGCGACAGCGACACUGAGGAGGAGGAGGAGGAGGAGGAGAGCGAGCGCGAGGAGCGGCUGCUCAACACCCCCAGGAGGAAAAAGCUAAAAAGUACUUCCAAAUAUAUUUAUCAGACUCUGUUUCUGAAUGGUGAAAAUAGUGAUAUUAAGAUUUGUGCCCUGGGAGAAGAAUGGAACUUGCACAAGAUAUACUUAUGCCAGUCUGGCUACUUUUCGAGUAUGUUCAGCGGUUCCUGGAGGGAAUCAGGAAUGGAUACAAUAGAAUUGGAAAUCCCUGAUCAGAAUAUUGAUAUUGAAGCUUUACAGGUAGCAUUUGGCUCACUGUAUCGAGAUGAAGUAUUAAUAAAUCCUAGCCGAGUCAUUGCCCUCCUGGCAGCAGCCAGUAUGCUGCAGUUGGAUGGCUUAAUACAGCAAUGUGGUGAGACAAUGAAAGAAACCAUUAAUGUGAAAACUGUGUGCAGUUACUAUAAUUCUGCUGGGACAUAUGGGUUAGAUUCUUUGAAGAAAAAGUCCCUUGAAUGGCUCUUGAACAACCUGAUGACUCACCAGAGUGUGGAACUCUUCAAAGAACUCAGUAUAAACCUCAUGAAACAGCUGAUCAGUUCCUCUAACCUGUUUGUCAUGCAAGUGGAGAUGGAUGUAUAUACUGCUCUCAAGAAGUGGAUGUUCCUUCAGCUGGUGCCUUCUUGGAAUGGAUCACUAAAACAGCUUUUAAGUGAAGCAGAUGUCUGGUUUUCCAAGCACAAAAAUGGUUUUGAAGAUGGCAUCUCAUUCUUGGAAUCCGAACAAGGAAGUCCAUUUUUGACAGUGUUCAGACAUCUCAGGCUGCAGUAUAUAGUCAGCGAUCUGGCAUCAGCAAGAAUUGUUGAGCGAGAUGGUCUGAUACCUGCAGAAUGGCUGUCCUCUGUUUACAAACAGCAGUGGUUUGCCAUGCUCAGAGCAGAACAAGACAAUGAUAUUGGGCCUCAAGAAAUGAACAAGGAGGAACUUGAAGGAAGUAGUAUGCGAUGUGGCAGAAAACUUGCCAAGGAUGGCGAUUAUUGUUGGCGAUGGACAGGCUUCAACUUUGGCUUCGACCUGCUGGUCACGUACACCAACCGUUACAUCGUCUUCAAGCGCAACACCCUGAACCAGCCGUGCAGUGGCUCAGUCAGUCUGCAACCCCGGAGGAACAUUGCUUUCAGAUUGCGUCUGGCAUCUUUUGACAGCAACGGAAAACUUAUUUGUAGUAGAACUGCAGGAUAUCAGAUAUUAACCCUGGAAAAAGACCAGGAACAGGUAGUGAUGAAUUUGGACAGCCGCCUGUUGGUCUUCCCUCUGUAUAUCUGUUGCAACUUCUUGUAUACUUCCCCAGAAAAGAGAAGAGAAAAUUAUGGACAGCCGGAUUAACUGAGAAAACUGAGAGUUUCCUUUUGGAACUUCUUAUGAUGACUGCUUUAAUUCAAAUGGUCUUGAGGCACAGAGAGAAAAAUAAUUAAAAAAAGCCUUAUAUACCUUUGCAGAGAAAAUGCAAAUUCCACCCCUUAUCUGUACAUUCCUAUGCAUAGCUUAAAAGGUUUCAAUCAACUAGUGGCAAACUUGUAUUUUUCUGUGGAUCUUCAAAGAGCCACAGGGGAUGCUAAAUCUGAGGAUUGUUACCAAUUGCCUGCCUGUUACAGACAUAAUUUAAAUACAACUAGCCAAACUUGGACCUUUCAGUUAAAUGUGAAGAGCACAAAUCUGUAAAAUGUUCGGUAAUUGUUAACCUAAAUGUAACAUGUCAUUUCUACUUGAUGACCUCUAGGUUUUGUUCUUCUGGCUGAACUCCAAAAUGUUAAGGGUCAGUUACUGCCUUGACUAAAUCCCACUGUCUUCAGUGGUUGUGCACCAGGGUUCAACUUUUUUAUUCAUGUUUUUUGGUUUUUUUUUUAAUUCAUUCAGCAUUUGGGGCUUGUAACAUUUUCCUGAUGAGUUGAAUCCUUUAUAUAAUGUAUCCUAUUUUGUUUUCAAGAAAUAUAUUUUUAAACAUUGCAUGUAUUUUUAAUUCAUUUUGUGGAAUACAGAAGUAGAGGUGGGUUGGGUUGCUCUAGUGCAGCAGUUUCCAGUCCACCCACAGGUCACUGUACAAGUAGCCUCAGUAUUAGACGAUGCAUUUGUGUGUGUGUGCAUGUCAUUAAGUACGGGAACGUUCCCCAGCAUUGAGGCGAAUGGACAGAUAUGCUUGUUGGGUUGUCAUGUUCAGAUCCAAAGAGGGUUCUUGUCUAAGAAGUGAAUUGAACAGUUGAAUUCUGCAAAACAUGGCAGCUUGGAUCACUUCAGAGCUGGCGUAGAAAGAGCCAUACUUGCUUUUAAAGCAACAGGGUACUUCUCAGGAUCUGGGCCUUCACAUUCAGUUGGGAGAACUAUGUAUGUGCUGGAGCUAAAACUGUGUCAUGGCCAAAAUGCUUGAGAAUUCAUUCAGAAAAGCUUUGAUUAUUGAAGCCUGCAUGUUGUCCUUGUCUGCAGGUUUCAGCUAGUAUUUUCUUGGAGCCAAAUAUGUCCUAAUUACAAGGUUUUAAAAGUAUUUUUAGUUUCAUUAGCCCAUACAUAUAUUUGGGAGUAUACAUCCUGACUAUGCUCAGGAACCUGUGGCCUUUUGAGUGCCUUUUGAGUUGCAUGUGUGUUUGAAUACUUCUCUCUCACACUUUUUUUUUUUUGACGUAAGAUGGUUUGCAGAUUCCAAAAGUAGGAACUGAAAUCAAAAGAUUCAUGUCUUGAAUCGCUGUUUAAAAAAAUUAAAAGUAAUCCAUUAAAAGUGAGAUGUAAACUAAACUAUGAAUUAGUUUGUACAUAUCUUUGGGGGUUUUGCUGUUGAAUUUCUAUCUUUACAUUUUGUUGGUAGCUUCUUUUGUAAUAUUAAAAACAUGCCCUUUGUAUGCUAUAAAGAGAAAAUAACCUAUUCAGCAAACAAACAACGGCAAACUGUGAAUAAAUCACCUACAGUUCGGAA